AUAACCUAAAAAAUCGGAAUCUGAAUCUGAUUAUGAUAUUUUAAAAAUAAACUCUGUGAAUAUUUUAAAUUAAUUUUUGAUGUAAAUAUUGAAUAAAUAGCUACUCAUCAUGACGAUCGUUGAAUAUAUGGCCUCAUUAGCCCAAAACCCUUAUUUUGGGGCUGGUUUUGGGUUGUUUGGGGUGGGUGCCGGUGCAGCGAUAUUACGCAAAGGGUUUCAGACAUCUGUAUUGUUAUUCAGGAGGCAUUGCAUGAUUACUUUAGAAGUCCCAUGUCGGGACAAGUCUUAUCAAUGGCUGUUACAGUGGAUCACUCAAAAAGGUGCCAGGAAAACUCAACAUUUGAGUGUGGAGACUUCCUUCCUUCAAAAGGACACUGGACAGAUAAAAACUAAAUACGAUUUUAUUCCCAGCGUUGGACAACACUUUUUUCGGUAUCGUGGGGCUUGGAUUCGUGUAGAUCGCACUAGGGAGCAACAUACACUUGACUUACACAUGGGUGUACCCUGGGAAACAGUCACAUUAACAUCUUUUGGAAGAAAUAAACAACUAUACUAUGACAUCCUGGAAGAAGCUAGGACAAUGGCUUUGAAACAACAUGAAGGCAUGACAAUUAUGUACACGGCAAUGGGAUCUGAAUGGCGACCGUUUGGUCACCCGAGGCGGCGGCGCCCUCUACACAGUGUGGUCCUACGUAGUGGAUUAGCGGAUAAAAUUUUGGAAGACUGCUUGGACUUUAUCAAUAAUCCUCAAUGGUAUACUGACCGAGGAAUUCCAUACAGGAGAGGUUACUUACUCCAUGGUCCUCCUGGCUGUGGAAAGUCAUCCUUCAUCACGGCACUAGCUGGUGAAUUGGAGUACAGCAUCUGCGUUCUCAACUUAUCAGAAAGAGGCCUAACUGACGAUAGGCUAAAUCACUUGCUAAGUGUUGCACCACAACAAUCCAUAAUUCUUCUAGAAGACAUUGAUGCUGCAUUUGUGUCACGAGAGGACACGCCGACACAGAAGGCAGCAUAUGAAGGCCUCAACCGGGUGACGUUUAGUGGACUCCUCAACUGUUUAGAUGGGGUGGCGUCUACUGAAGCGCGAAUAGUAUUCAUGACUACAAACUAUCUAGAAAGGUUAGACCCAGCAUUGAUCAGGCCAGGAAGAGUGGACAUGAAAGAAUUCGUAGGCUAUUGUGACCAAGAGCAAAUCGAACUGAUGUUCUUGAGGUUUUACAAAGGAGAGCAAGCCCCAGAACACGCGAGAACUUUCGCUAGAAAGGUGCUUGAGAAGAACAAAGCAGUCAGUCCAGCACAAAUACAAGGAUACUUCAUGUUCCACAAACACUCGCCCCCAGAAGAAGUGGUUUCAGACGUUCAAACUAUAUGGACACUUGGAUAAUAUAUUACUGUGAUAAAACCAAAGUACGUUAUUUACUUAAUUAGGGAUAUAAAUUAAUAAAACUUUAAUUACAAAAUAAACAAUUUAUUAAGUCUUCUAUAUUGUUAUCAUAACAAUAACCUAAUUCUUACAAAUAAAAUAAUAGUACCUUCUUAACUUCUGUAACAAAGUUACACAAAAUGUACAUCUGGUUUAACCGAAAAUGUUAAUAAAUUAUGUACAUGAAA